GUUCAACAAAAGUUGAAUUCGAAAUUAGGUAUUUUAAAAACAACCGCCGCAUAAAAUAUACUCUAACUCGAAAGAAAUUUACAAAAAAGCGGUCAUAGUGAUUAUUUGAUGUUAUAAUUUUCUGUUUUAUGUGUUUAUUUAAAAUUAAUCCAAAAUGGAUAAGACACCAGCAUCGAUCGUGGAGACCUUUAUCGGGAAUUGGAAUGACGCUUUUCCCAAUCAUCCACUCACGGCCGCAGAUUUAAAGGUUCCCCAUUCUGUUAUGGGCGCACUGUUUGAAGUGUUCGCGAGACUAGGAAUUGACCGAGAUGCUGUUCUGUCACCGCCAGACGAAGAGCAUAACGAAAACACAGUCUACUACUGGGACUUAAUACCCGUUAUAAACAUGACUCGAGUCAUCAACCACUUGGUGUCCAUCAUGCCGCAAGUAGACGCUAAGAUAAGCAUCUCUCACUUCCUGCAACCUACAGUAACAACAUCACAAUCUAUAUUAUUGUUAUUGUUCAAUUUGAUGCUCUUCAAUGAAGAACGGUUGUGUGAUAUCAAGCCUCAGGAGGAAGAGCUGUUUUCUAAGUCUAAAGAGGUAAACAAGUUGGAGCAGAGGAAAAAUAAAUUACUAGAACUGCUCAAUGUACAAGCUGAGGAGAAGGGCAAAAGGACUGAGAGAAUAGAAGAGUUACAUGAACAAAUAAAACUGUUUGAAGAAGAGUUGAAACAAGAAAAUGAAGCGCUCAAGGUUGAGAAGUCAGAAUUAGACGUAGUUUUGAAAGAGAAUCAUCAAUUAGAACUCAUAAUAGACCAAAAGAAAACACAGAAAGAAGCAGUGACAGAUGAAAUUGAGAAGAAAAAAGCUUUAAUAGUAUACGAUGCUGAUGAUAUCAAAGCUCAGGCGGCUAAAGCAGCUCAAGAUGUACAAGAUGCGGAUGAAAAGUUAAACGCACUUAUGGCCACUUUGACGUUAAAAGAGAAUAAUUUGAAGAACUUGCAGGCGAUCAAGCCUAACUUUGAUGUGGCCAACCAUUACUUGAAUGAGAUUAUGAAGAUUGUGGAUAGCUUGAAAGACUAUGAAAACGGUGAUCUAGAUUCAGACAGUGUUGAGGGUGAACUUAAUGUACUAAACACAGAGAUUAGCGAACUAGAAUCUCAAUAUGCAGAAUUAAAGGUAGCGAGAGAAGAAGCAUCGAAAAAACACCAGGAAAAUCAAGCCAAGAGGCAACGAGAAAAGGCAUUGGCUGAAAGAAACAUAAAUGAAGCAGAGAAAAGAGAUAAGAAAUGCCAGGAGCAGUUAAAGAAAUCAACUCAAGCAAUAAACAGUAUUAAGGAAAGGACUCGUAAAUAUGACGAAGAAAAAAAUAGCUGUCUGGAACAGCUUAGUGAUAUUAAGGAAGACUUUCAGAAUAAGGUCAAACAUGCUCAAGACUCGCUCUUGACGAUUUUAUCAAAUGCAGAGAAGGCAAUAGCGCAGAAAUGUUUAAAACUUAACAAAAAUAUUUAAAUGCUCCUUAUGUCUUUAUUGUUUAACAGAUAACUUGUAUUUAAAUUAAAUUAAAUAUUUAUUAAUAAAGUAAUUGAGGAUAA